CACUUACUCGCACCACUCACCAUAAAGUAUAUCUUAUCAUCCUCCCCAAUCUCACACCUAAGCAAUUACCCUCCCCAAUCUCACCAACAUCAGAGACUCACACCUCUCCUCAGCCCCCUCUCACACCUCAGUCCUUCACACACACCCAAGACACCUCCUCAGCUCAUCAGAUCACGACAAGUAUAUCACGACGUCCUCCAAAAUGCAAUCUCCCCCUCCCCCAGAACUCAAAAUCUCCCCGCCGCUCCUAAACUCAGCAAAUCCAUGGUGCACAACCCUCACCGACCUCCUUGCCCUCCACGCCUGCCCCCACACAGGCGCCCUCACAACACGAACCUCCCUCCUCGCAGGCUUCGCCCACAACGACGCAACCCACCAAUACGCCUUCUUCGACCCGUCCACCACAAAACCCUCCGCGGCCCCGAACUCCUCCACGCCCGAAGCCCCCCGCUCUCAACUCGGCCCCGCGGACGUCGCCUCCCUAAACAACCUGGGCUACUCCCCUCUACCCCUCCAAACCUACCUAGACUUCAUCGCCCAACUUCCAGAGACCCCCAUCAAAGGAGGCCACGGCCACGGUGACGGCCACCACCGCAAACUCAUCAUCAUCUCAGUCACAGGCUCCCCCUCGGAAAUCGCAGAAUCCUACGCGCUCAUAGCCUCCUUUUCCCACACGACAACCCACCCGCUCGCAAUGGAAAUAAACCUCUCCUGCCCCAACAUCGCCACCGCCGCGCCCCCGGCCUCAGACCGCGCCCAGCUACAAGCCUACCUCGCCGCCCUACCCCGGAACCCCGUGAUUCCCAUCGGCCUCAAGACACCGCCGUACACCCACCUAGCGCACUACGCCGAGCUCAUCGCCGCGCUAUGCGAGGACUCCACCGUCGUCACGGCCAAGGCCAUGCUCAAAGUGCCUUGCAAGAUCAGCUUCAUCACCGCCGUUAACACGCUCGGCUCAUGUCUCUUGCUCGAGGGCGGCGGCGGCGGCGACCCCCGACUUCCGGGGUCUGGACUCGGGGGCAUGGCGGGGGCGCCGUUGCAUCCGCUGGCCCUGGGGAACGUCAGGACUAUUGCGGAGUUGGUCGGGCAGGAGCCAGAGUUGUUACAUAUCAAGGUCAUAGGUGUCGGUGGCGUCGCGGAUGCUGAUGGGUUCAGGCGGAUGAAGAGUGUUGGUGCGUAUGCUGUUGCUGUCGGGACCGCGUUGGGAAGAGAAGGGAUAGAAGUCUUUGAGAAGAUAGCUACUGGACUGCAGAAACAAUAAGUGCGGCCGUGGACAGCACAUCGUGAUGGCAUGACGUUCACAUGGCGAUACGCAAGCUCACACAGUUGAAUGUGUUGAUGGUUAAUCAUAACUUUUAUUCAUUGAACA